AUUUUUCGCGGCACGUUGAUCAGAUCUCUGAUUUUAUUUUAUUUUAUUUUAUUUUUUCACGUAUUGUAUUCACUUUGCCAAUUGCCAACAUUUAUGUGGUGGAAAUUUUACUCUUGUCACCAUCAAUGAUGACUUGGCUAACCUUGCCAGUUGUUUGUUCAUCUGAUUAUUAAUUUCAAGAACACAUUUCUAUUCUUGAUUCUGACAAUUCAAAUUCAUCACUUGCUCUACAAAAAUUUCAGUUGUAUAGAGCAGAAUAUUUUCUUGUUUUCCAAAUGAGUGCUGCAACAUUCACUCCAGUUGCAUUUAGCAACAACAACAACCUUUAUAAUCCAAUAUGGAGAAAACCAAAUCCAAUAAACUGCAAACUCUCCAACAAUUCUUUUGUUACAAGAGCAACUUCAUCAUCAUCAAGCCCGGAAACUGAAAACGAAAAGAAAAACAAGAAGAAGAAAAAGAAGGUAGUGAUAGAAAACGAAGAGCAGCAAAAACAAGAACAAGAGCAGCAAGAACAGCAAGAGCAACAGUUACAAUCAUCUUCGGUUUCCGUUAUAAAAAGAUUGGAUGAGGUGAAUCCAGUGGGAUUGGGAAGACGUUCAAGACAAGUGUUUGACGAAGUAUGGAGAAAGUUUUCAGGAUUAGGACAGAUUUCAAGAACUAUUCGUUCUGAUGAUGAGAGUACUUUGCUUAUAAGAGAAGGUGGUCCUAUGUGUGAAUUUGCUAUCCCUGGUGCUCAGAAUACGACUGUGCUUGUUGUUGGUGCUACUAGUCGUGUUGGGAGGAUUGUUGUAAGGAAACUUAUGCUAAGGGGAUACACUGUUAAGGCUCUAGUAAGGAAAGCUGAACCGGAAGUGGUUGACAUGCUGCCAAGGUCUGUGGAGCUUGUGACAGGGGAUGUUGGUGAUCCUUCCAGUCUUAAAAAAGCAGUGCAAGGCUGCAACAAAAUCAUCUAUUGUGCCACUGCUCGUUCUUCAAUCACUGGGGAUCUCAUCAGAGUUGAUCAUCAAGGAGUUUACAAUCUUACCAAAGCCUUGCAGGAUUACAACAAUAAACUAGCACAGCAACGUGCUGGGAAGAGUAGCAAAAGCAAGCUUUUAAUUGCAAAAUUCAAGUCUGAAGAUUCAUUGGACGGGUGGGAAGUCCGGCAAGGGACAUAUUUCCAGGAUGCGGUUGUUUCUAAGUAUGACGGAGGAAUGGAUGCCAGGUUUGAGUUUACUGAAAACGGAGAGGCUGUUUUUUCAGGAUAUGUUUUCACAAGAGGAGGAUAUGUUGAUUUGUCAAGAAAACUCUCACUCCCUUUGGGUUACACUCUCGACAGGUAUGAGGGUCUAGUUUUCUCUGUUGGUGGGAAUGGGAGAUCUUAUGUUGUAAUUCUUGAAGCUGGUCCGUCAGCAGACACAACCCAAAGCAAACUGUAUUUUGCCAGAAUUAGCACAAAAGCAGGAUUUUGCAGGGUGAGAGUUCCUUUUUCUUCCUUUCGGCCGGUGAAGCCGGAUGAUCCGCCAUUGGAUCCCUUCCUGGUGCAUACCUUGACCAUACGCUUUGAGCCGAGAAGACAGAGGCCAACUGAAGGACCUAGCGGGCCGAACCAAGAUUUGAGAAGCUUUCAGCUAAUUAUGGAAUAUAUUAAAGCUUUGCCUACCGGGCAAGAAACUGACUUUGUCUUAGUAUCAUGUACGGGGUCAGGAAUAGAGCCUACCAGACGGGAGCAAGUUUUGCGAGCCAAGAGGGCUGGUGAAGAUUCGUUAAGAAGGUCCGGCCUUGGAUACACAAUAAUUCGCCCAGGUCCCUUGAUGGAAGAACCAGGUGGGCAACGUGCGCUCAUAUUUGAUCAAGGAAAUCGUAUAUCUCAGGGAAUCAGUUGUGCUGAUGUGGCUGACAUUUGUGUGAAGGCAUUGCAUGAUUCGACAGCCAGAAACAAGAGCUUUGAUGUAUGUUAUGAAUAUGUAGCUGAGCCUGGAAAGGAGCUGUACGAGUUGGUUGCGCAUUUACCCGACAAAGCAAACAACUAUUUGACACCAGCACUCUCAGUACUGGAGAAAAACACGUGAUCGUGCUUUGAGUUAGUUCAAGUUACACUCUUGAUUCAGUCUUAUCAAAAGGUAUUGGUGUGAGACUUACCGAGAUCUUUUUGACUCUGAGGAAUAUUUUCUGUCUGUAUUUAUUCUCAAAUAUAUGUGUACAUAUAUAUAUGGCAAUAGCUUUUUUUUUUUU